AUGACUAAAAUAUUUUUCAAGGAUUUACCCGAAAGAGAUAUUUAUCAUCCACCAAUUACAAUACAAGUAUAUGAUGCUCGUAAAUUUGGAUGCUUUAAGUAUGCAGGUGUCUGCAUAAUACCAACGGCUCAUAUUUUUUUAGAAAAACUAAUUAGUGAAACUGAAUAUAAUUAUAAAAUAUAUGAUCAUGAUGACGUUGAAGAAUCUUAUCUUCGAAAACCUAUUUCUGAACUUAUCUUACCACUGCCAAUCAAUUACGAUUUGGAAAAAGAAGAGCAAAAAAAUUUGAUUAGUUACAAAGAACUUGCAAAAAGUGGAUUUAAUUAUCGAAUCACUCAGUUCUGGACUAUCAUUAAAGAAUUUUUAUGUAGUAGCAAAGAUCAGAUGAAAUAUGAAGAGGAAAAUUAUCAAGCUGACGAGGAUGAAAGUUAUGACUGGUGGAGUAAAUACUUCGCAUCCCUAGAGAUUUAUUCAAUGGAAUUAGAAAUGCUACAAGAAUUUAACGGUUUUCAAGAUAAACUGACAGUAUUCGAACUAUCUAGAGGUAAAGACACCGGAUGUUCAGAACAUGACAAAAAAAAUAUAUCAGGAAAAUUUAAGGGACACAUUUCAAUCUACCCUUGGUCUUACUCCAAUAAAAGUAAAUAUAAAACUAAAAGUGGCAGAGACAUUUCUUACGGGUUUCUUUCUGAUUAUCCACCGCAAGAACCAGUUAAACUUAUCGUACGUCUCUACGUCAUAAAAGGAAUUAAUUUACAUCCAUGUGAUCCACUCACUGGAAAAUCAGACCCUUAUUUAUAUAUCAAACUCGGAAAAAAGAUAAUUAAUGAUAAAAAAAAUUAUGUACCUAACCAAUUAAACCCUAUCUUCGGCAAAUGUUUCGAAUUGGAAGCCGAAUUUCCAAAAGACCAUUCAUUAAUUAUUCAAGUGUGGGACUGGGAUGCAGUGUCAGCAGAUGAUUUGAUUGGUGAAACGGUAAUCGAUAUCGAAAACCGAUACUAUAGCGAUCAUCGCGGUUGUUGUGGGAUAUCAAGAACAUACAGUACAUCUGGAUAUAACGCUUGGCGUGAUCGUGAGAAACCCGUCCAGAUCCUCGAGUCCCUUUGCAAACGGAACAAUUUACCCUCCCCGGAGUUUUCAAACUCUUGUGUAACAAUCGGAAAACAAGAAUUUCCAUUUCAUGCGACAUUGAAUACCCGAGACGAGUCAGAGCUAAGAGAACGUAUGGCAUUGAAUGUACUCCAUCAUUGGGAACAUUUUCCAAUUUGUGGGCUUGCAUUAGUUCCGGAACAUGUUGAAAGACGUCCAUUAUUUAAUACCGAACGUCCAGGACUUGAACAGGGUAAAUUGGAGCUUUGGGUGGACAUGUUUCGCAUCGAUGACCUACCUCCGAAGCCACCUAUCAACAUAACCCCCCAAAUCCCGGAGGAGUAUGAGCUGCGUGUUAUUAUAUGGAACACGGAAGACGUACCGCUGGUGGACAACCAAUUUCUCUCGGGCGAAAAAUGCUCCGACAUUUACAUUAAAGGUUGGAUCAUGUAUGAAGAUUUACAAAAGACUGAUGUUCAUUACAAUUCAUUAAACGGCGAGGGAAAUUUCAACUGGAGGUUUAUCUUCCGCUUCGUGUAUUCAAAGUCGGAAAAUUUGAUGAUUGUUAAAAAAAAAAUGUCUAUUUUUGCGAGAGAUGAAACUGAACAAAAGUUGCCGUGUAAACUGUGUAUUCAAGUUUGGGAUAGUGAUCAUUUUUCACCUGAUGAUUUUUUAGGUUCAUUAACGAUGGAUCUAUCACGAAUGCCACGCGGGAGUACGAAUUCAAAAAAUUGCACUUUAAAGGUCACGGAUCCCAAGUCACCUUCGGUCAGUCUAUUUAAAGUAAAACGUAUCAAAGCUUGGUGGCCAUUUAGUUUCGUCACUAAUGAAGGAGAGCCUAUUCAAGCGGGUAAAGUAGAAAUGGAAAUGACCCUAGUGCCUAUUUCAGAAGCUGAGGAGGAACCCGUGGGAAAAGGUCGGGAUUCACCUAAUCCCCUACCGCAGCCUGAUCGACCAGAUACAUCAUUUUCCUGGUUUCGUAAUCCCUGGAAAGCCUUUUGCUUUGUUGUGUGCCGUUAUUACAAAUGGCGAAUGAUAUGUUGCUGUUCAAUGUUUCUGUUCAUACUACUAUUCUGCUGUGCCGUUUAUGCAUUUCCCGGCUAUCUUGUUAAAAAAAUUUUGGAUCCCGUGUAA